AUGAAGCCACAGCUUUUAUUACUUUCUACUUUAUCCGUUGUGAUUGCAUCUUUACCUGUGGAUUCAGUUGAAAUUCGUGUUCGUGGUGACUCAGUUUGUUCAUUAAAAGAAGGAAAAGAAACAUGUUACCCAAAAGUUUUUGAGCCAUCUUCCAAGUGGCAAGAGAUUUUGCCUGGUCAAGAAAUCCCUGCAGGGCUACGAGAAGCUAAACUUCUUGAUUCCGGUGACGGAAGCGAAGUCAACGCUGUGGAAGUCAAGUUGCCCGAUACUGAAGCUGUUGUGAAGGAGCUCAAUAAUGUGGAGUACGAGGAUCUCACACAGCAAUCGGAGGUUGAUUUGUUGGCAGAGAUUCCCGAGGUGGAAGAGGAAGACAGUGAAGCCGAUAAAGAGCUACGUGAUAAGAUUCGACUAUCGAGUUCAAGUGGCCAAGCUGGGCAGCUUUACGAGUCGAUUGAGAACAUUAAGAAAUACCAAAAGAUUGAGCCUCGGAUACUUUCUCAGUCGCUGGAAGUUCUUGCUGAUUUGGGACAUGAGCUAGAGUUUGGCGAAAGAAUUGUAAGCAGAAAUACUAAGGAGCUGCUUGAGAUUAUUCAAAAGAAGCAGAUUCCACCGCAUAUUCGGGAAAUUGCAGCAAGGGCUUUGGGUGCGUCAAUGCGGAAUAACCCAGGAGCAUUGGCCAAGGUUGCUGAUCAGGGAAUUGUGAAGUCGCUGUUGGAGACGAUUGAUUCAUCUGACAAUGACAAGUUGAGUGGUCGAUUGAUUUAUGCUCUAGGAAGCGUUGUAGGCACUGGGGAAGGGUCUGAUUUGAUGGGGAAGCAUGAUGCGGAGUACCUUGAAGGCCGUGGUGGUGAAGUGUUUCGCCGGGCGUUUGAUGAGGGCACUGGUGAGCUAAAGCGCAAGAUUAGCACGUUUGUGUUUGAUCGGGCUCUCAAGUUGGCCUGGCCUGACAAGGAGUUUUCUGAAUGGUCAGACACGUUUCAGGGAGCACUUGUGAAGAAGAGCUUGAAUGGAGAGGACAAAUUGCGGGUAUUUGAAGCGCUUACUCAGAUUCAAGAGUAUAUGGUAGAUCGAAGUGAAACUGGUAGUGGAGGGGCUGGAGAAGGAAGAAUUGUCAAGAGAGAUGUUGCAGAGAUGCUUCCUGUACGAGAUGACUUUUUGCAAUGGCUUGCCAAGGAGGCUGACGAGUACAGAGACCGUCAAGCCAUUAAUGAUGAUGAUGAUAUAGAGGAGCAAUUCAAAGAGAUAUUGUUACAGUCUCGUCAUAGUGUGUUUGGUAAUCCGAUGGCUGGUCGUAAGAAUGAAGAAUUGUAA